AUGGGUUGUAAAGGGUUACACCAAGCAAUUAGAGAAAAUACAAGAUUUGUCAGUGUAAAGCAAUUUUCUCAUAAAAGAUGUGCCAUUGAUGCUUAUAGUUGGCUGCAUAGAGCUGCUUAUUCUGACGUGAAACAAGUUACAAGCGGUUUGGUUAGCAAGAAAGUGACUGCUUCUAUUAUUCGCAAGGUGAAAACCUUGCUUAAUUAUUCAAUUGAUUGUGUUUUCGUUUUCGAUGGUGUUUCACUACCAAGUAAAAAAAAAACAGAUGAAUUACGAAGGUCUCAAAGAGCAACUUCUUUAGAGAAAGCUGCACAAUACCGAAAUAAAUCUGAUAGAAAGAAUGAAUUUAAAUAUUUAUCGGCAGCUGUAAGCGUGUCUUGGGAGCAGGUUAAAGAUUUGAUUGAUAAUUUAAGAGAAUUGAAUAUAAAAUACUUAGUUGCUCCAUACGAAGCUGAUUCACAACUAGCUUUUCUGAAUUAUCAAAAUUACGUUGAUUUUAUAUUUUCAGAAGAUAGUGACUUGUUACUGUAUGGCGCCAAAGUGAUGCUUACAAAAUACGAAAGCGACGGAACUUGUAUCAUGAUUAAACAAGAAGCAUUGAUACAGUGUGACAUUCUGCCAGUAAGAUAUUCGACCUCUGCAGUGUGGACGUUGCUUUGUUGUUUAAGUGGCUGUGAUUACACGGAUGGAAUCAAAGGUAUUGGAAUAAAAAAGGGCGCUAAAGUAUUAGUUAAGACGUUAGAAAUGUUGGAGAUUGACGUACACAACAUUGCUGAUGAUCAAAUAAAGAAAAUUUUUAAAAAGGCUUGUGAACAAAUUACCGAUCAUUUGUCUGAAAACACAGAGAUAAUUGAUGAAUUAACAAACGCCUUCUUGACUUUUCGUUAUCAUUGGGUUUAUGAUCCAAUAUCCCAACAGUGUGUUAAUAUUUCUAAAGUAGAAAAUUGUUCAGCUGAAAUUUCUGCGCUGAUCGGCCCAAAAAUAGAAAAUGACGAGUUAAAAAAAUUGGUUUCAGGUUCUAUACAUCCUAUUACAAAAGUUAAAGAAGCAAAACAAUACGAAUACGAGUUGAAUUUAAGUCAAUUAAACAAUUUUGGUGAUAUCGAAUCCGACGAAAAAGAAAAUAUAGAUCAUUACAAUGAAACUAUUUUUUCAAAGCCUUUGAAACGAAGAUAUGCAACUGUUAAAAAAAACGCUCCAGAAGUUGAAACAUUUCCAAACAUAGAUGAGCUGUUUCCAUUGUUAGAAGAACUUAAAAAAAGUAAACAGAAUUAA